GAGCAGGUCCACCACAGAAGAAGAAGAGCAGGUCCACCACAGAAGAAGACAAAAAAAAGCAGGAAGAAGAGAUCCGUCAACGUGAGCGCGAGAGCAGUUAAAGAGCCAUUAAAGUAAACUAAAGAGAGGAGGAGGAGGAGGAAGAGUUCUCUCAGAAUGGAAGUCUCACCAGGUGACAUCACAGUAACCCAAGCCAACAGGAAGUGCCCUGCUGUCACAGGAAGUACACGAAAAAUCAAAGAUAACGCUGCUGACUGGCACAACCUGAUAGUGAAGUGGGAAAAACUCAACGAUGACGGAUUCAAAGUAGCAGGAAACAUGGUGGACAUCAGGAUGACACGUUCUCAGAGCGACCAGCUGGUAGUGGAUGAGUCUUCUUCACCUCCGUCACCUUCAUCAGCUCCAUUGCAGCAGACAGGUGGCGCUGCAGAGCUGCAGGACGAAUGCUGCAAGCUGCAGGACGUCAUGGACAAAAUGGUCGUUGUGGUGAAGAAGAUGGAGCGUAUUACGGCGUCACAGCAAGGCCUUCAGGAUCUGGAGGCUUUUCAGUUUGGACUUGAAGGAAGAAAGUGUCCUCUGUUUCACAGCUGGAACGCCAAACAAUUCAAGGAGUCGUCUUGUAUCCUGUUGGACUCGUUCAGUCAGGAGCUGAAGUUGAAGCAAACCAUCCUGCAGGAACUGGCCCAUACUGUGACCUCUGACCUCUGCAUGGUCUAUCUGUCCUGCUGGCUGCAUCAGCCCUUCAUCACCCCCCAGACCAGCCUGACCAUGGAGGCUCUGCUUCUGGAGACUGGACACCAUUAGCCCUCCAGGUGUUGUGGACAGGUGUACCUCCUGAGACUCCAAACUCAGGAUUAGCUUAUGGACUAACUCUUCAGUGUCAUACGCGGUCUGUAAGCCUGAAAUUCAAUGUGUACGAUACAAAUGUAUUACUCUCUGACAUUAAAUCAUUUAUUUCAAUUGUAA